CUCCAAUCCGUGCCCCACAUCUUGACUUCAGUGUCUUCACAUUGCAAUUGGCCACAUUGCAAUCAAAGCAAAUCCAACACAACGUGACGACGAUGUUUGCCUUUCUAAACUCGAAGACUACACUCCUAUCGCUGCGCGCAAUCCCAGCCAUGAUCGCAGCUUUCCUUGCAGGCUACAUCUGGUUGAAUCAACACCGUCCGUGCGAACCCAUCGCCGCGGCUCGUUAUGACCUCGGCCGAGAAGAUUUGCCGUUGAUGGCGUCGGCCCUCACCGUUGCUGUGCUAACGCCAGUGUGGCUCUUGUUGCAUCAUCGCCAGGUCAAGUGUGUGGUCAAGUUCAACUACGCGUGUGAAAUUUUGUGUUUCGUGCUUGUCUUCGUGCCCACGAUGUACUGGGGCAGCUCCCGCACGGCAACCCUUGCGUGUGCUCGUCGCAGCCAACUCAACUCGGUGUGCCUUCGCAACACUUGCACUGUGGUCCGAGCUACCAUGAUCACGGCAUGCGUGUUGAUGGCCGUGCUGGCCCUGGCGAGCAUGGGUGUGCUGCGUCAAUGGCGAGCGCCGUUGGGAAUGUCGUCCAUUAGCAAGCCAACAUCGUUUGUCGACGCCACCGACGUCACCGUUAUUGACAUCGAAACGCCUCGGGAAACUUGCCACACCGAAAUCCUCACCCCCACCACCGUGGAGGGAAGCUCGUCGAUCCAGUCCAAAUAGUUGUGAUAACUUUAGUCGUGUAAUUGCAUAUAAAUACUUCGUCCACGUACAA